UUGCACUUGCACAUCUCUAAAACCCUAAUAUAUAUUCAAACCCCCCACUUUUUACCCUCUUUUUUCUCUCUCCUCCAUAUCUGCAUUUUUUUGAUCACCAUUUUCAUCAUUUUACCCGCAUUUUCACUCUCCUCUUCAUCUAAAUCAUUUGGAUCUUCAUCUGAUUACUCAAUCUUUCUUCAAUGGCGGACUCAAUUCAGAGGCUGAGCUCACUCGCCGAGUCCGUCACUACUUCUUCUACUAAGCGCCGCAUUCGAAUCUUUCGUUAUGAUAUUCCCGAUAUUCUCAGCAAUACAGAUAUGUCAAGUGAGGUUGCAGCUGUCAUUGUGGAUAUAAUUUUUAGAACUUUGUGCAUUUAUGAUGAUCUUCGAUCACGGAAAGCUGUGGAUGAUGUUCUUUUAAAGGCAUUGAGUGAGGUUAUAUUCAUGAAAACUUUUGCAGCUUCCCUUGUUCAGUUUAUGGAGAGACUGCAAAAGUCUCAUUCACACAUAGGAUCCUACAGGCUGCUUAAAUGGUCGUGUUUCCUUUUGAGUAGCAGUAAAUUUUCCUCGAUUUCAAAGAAUGCUAUGUCCAGAGUAAUUGCGGCACAGACAUCACUGCUUCAUCUUGUUAUGAAAGGAUCGUUUCGUGAGAGAAGGGCUUCUAAACGAUUGUUUUUUAGCUUUUUGUCGAAGUCCCAGGAUAUCCACACAAGCUACAUUGAAGAGUUGAAAGAGGCAAGGAUACCCUAUAAAGAAUGUCCUGAUAUUAUCUGGUUGUUGAUAGAAUAUACACGGAAGCAUCCUUCUUUUGGACAACACAAGACAAUGUUCCUCGACUUAUAUGUGAAAGCUGUCCUUAAUGCCAGAGAGAAGCCAGCUAAGGGACUAAGUGAAGCUUUUGGUCCACUUUUUUUGUGUCUAGCUCAUGAAGAAUUUGGAAAUGUUGUUGUUCCUUCAGCUGUUAAAAUGUUGAAACGAAAUCCUGAGAUUGCGUUGGAACCAGUUGAUAUUCUCUUGAAAUCAGUGAGCAUUGACUUGAGUAAGUACUCGAUGGAAUUUCUCCCUGUGGUAUUAACACAAGCUCGUCAUGCCGAUGAAGGAAGGAGGCUUGGUGCUCUGGCAAUUAUACAGUGUUUGAGUCAGAAAUCCAGUAAUCCAGAUGUUACUGAUACAAUGUUUAAAGCUAUUAAAGCUAUAAUUGGAGGAUCAGAGGGAAGACUGCAGUUUCCUUUUCAAAGGGUUGGCAUGUUCAAUGCACUGCAGGAAUUGUCCAAUGCUCCUGGGGGAAAAUCGUUGAAUGACCUCUCAUCUUCAUUGUGCGGCUUCCUCUUGUCUUGUUACAAGGAUGAUGGAAAUGAAGAAGUAAAGCUUGCUAUCUUAUCUGCGCUAGCUUCUUGGCUAGCGCGAGGUGCAGAUUGUGUCCAACCAGCCAUACUUUCAUUUUUCAGUUCAGGACUGAAAGAGAAGGAAGGUCUGAGAAGGGGUCAUCUCAGAUGCCUAAGGGUGAUAUGCAAUAAUGCUGAUGUCACUUUACAGGUGUCAUCUUUGCUGGGACCUCUUAUUCAGAUAGUAAAAACAGGAUAUACUAAAUCUGUUCAGCGUCUGGAUAGCAUCUAUGCAUUGCUUUUGGUAGCAAAGAUGGCAGUUGUUGAUAUGAAAGCAGAGGAGGCUGUUAUGAAGGAGAAGAUCUGGUCUUUAGUUGCUCAAAAUGAACCAUCCUUGGUUCCUCUUUCCAUGGUUCCAAAGCUAUCAGAUGAAGAUUGUCUAGCUUGUGUUGAUCUCCUUCAUGUGCUGUUAGUGGACCAUACCAAAAGGAUUUUGGAGUCUUUUGUUGUACAGACCUUGUUUCAGUUAUUGUUCCAUCUUUUGUGCCACCCAUCAUGGCACAUCCGCAAAUCUGCAUAUGGCAUUGCCAAAAGAAUUGUUGAAGCAGUUCCCGAGAGAACAGAAGUGCUUUUGAAAGAAUUUGCAGUUUUCCUUUCAGCUGUGGCAGAAGCUCGUCUUCUACAAAUAAGUGACACAGAAAAUGCAGUGGAAGCUUCUGUCUCUUUCAUUCCUUCUGUAGAAGUAAUGGUGAAGGCCUUAGUACUUAUAUCUUCUGCAGCUGUUGUGGCUGCGCCAGAGACAUGUGGUCACAUAAUAUUUUGCUCACAUCAUCCGGCUUUGCUUGGCACUGGAAAGAGAGAUGGAAUAUGGCAGAGAAUAUCGACAUGCUUGCGAUCGCAGGGUUUGGAUAUUCUUAGCAUUAUUGCUGAGGGGAUCAAACACAUAUGUGAGGUUCUUGUAGGACCAACAGGAUUAAUGAGUGGAAGUCCUCUUGAACAACAAGGAGCUGUUAAUUCCUUGUGUACUCUUAUGACUAUAUCUCCAAGUGAUACUUAUUUGGAGUUUGAAAAGCAUUUUAGCAAUCUGUCGGAUCGCUACACACAUAAUACUCUUUUCCCGAAUGACAUUCAGAUUUUCAACACUCCAGAGGGCAUUCUCUCAACUGAGGUUGGUGUGUAUGUUGCUUCCAGAGACUUUGAAGAGCUGAACAACAAGGAACAUGUGAGUAUCAAUCACUCUGCACGUAAAGACCCGACUCGAAGAGACGCCGCUGGGUUAGGCAAGAAAGACUCUGGCAAAACAGCAAAAAGAAAUGACAAAGCAAAGACUGGUAAAGAAGAGGCACGUGAAUUACUCCUGAAGGAGGAGGCUGCUAUAAGGGGGAAGGUCAAGGCCAUACAGAGGAAUCUUUCAUUGGUUUUAAGGGCGCUAGGAGCGAUGGCUAUUGCCAAUCCUAUCUUCACGCACAGUCAACUUUCUUCAAUGGUGAAGUUUGUCAAUCCUCUUAUUCGAUCACAAAUAGUGGGCGAUGCUGCUUAUGAAACCUUGGUGAAACUGUCUCAAUGUAUUGCUCCUCCACUCAGUAAUUGGGCACUCGACAUUGCUACUGCUCUAAGGCUAGUUGAGGUAUCGGAAAGCCAUGUUGUCUUGGACCUCAUUUCAGCAACUGAUGUGGAGGAAGCGAAGGAGAAGCCGGCUCUUGGUCUUUUAAAUAGAGUAGUUAUUGGAUUAACUGUUUCAUGUAAAUAUGGACCUCUUCCAGUGGACACAUAUCUAUUUGUCUUUCCGAUCAUGGAGUGGAUUCUUUUGUCACCAGAGAAAACAGCUGUUCAUAAUGAGGUGCUUCGGGUCCUGUAUCUGCAUACAGAUCCAAUAUUGCCUCUCCCCAGGCUGAGAACGUUAUCAGUUCUUUAUCAUGUUCUUGGUGUAGUUCCUGCUCAUCAAGCAGCUAUUGGGUCCACUCUGAAUGAGUUGUGUUUGGGUUUGAAGCCUGAUGAAGUUGCAUCUGCCCUUUAUGGUGUGUUUGCCAAAGAUGUUCAUGUUAGAAUGGCCUGCUUGAAUGCUGUAAAAUGCAUUCCUGCUGUCUCUAGCCGUUGUCUGGCUGAGAAUGUUGAAGUUGCUACAAGUAUUUGGAUUGCAUUGCAUGAUCCAGACAAGUCAAUCGCUGAAGCUGCUGAAGAAUUAUGGGAUCGCUAUGGAUUCGAUCUUGGGACUGACUAUUCAGGACUGUAUAAAGCACUUUCGCAUGUUAAUUAUAAUGUUCGUUUGGCCGCAGCUGAAGCAUUAGCUGCUGCAUUAGAUGAAAAUCCUGAUACUAUACAGGAAUGCCUUGCUACUCUAUUUACCUUAUACAUACGUGAUGCUGGUUUUGAAGAAGGGCAUGCUGAUGCUGGUUGGCUGGGCAGACAAGGAGUUGCAUUGGCAUUACAUUCUGCUGCUGAUGUAUUGAGAACCAAAGACCUCCCUGUUGUCAUGACGUUUCUAAUUUCUCGAGCUCUGGCUGAUCCCAAUGGAGAUGUUCGUGGGAGAAUGAUCAAUGCUGGUAUAUUGAUUAUAGACAAGCAUGGCAGAGAUAACGUGUCCUUGUUGUUUCCAAUUUUUGAGAACUAUCUUAAUAAAAAGGCGUCUGAUGAAGAACAGUACGAUCUUGUCCGUGAAGGUGUAGUUAUAUUUACUGGGGCUUUGGCGAAACAUUUGGGAAAGGAUGACCCUAAAGUUCAUGCAGUUGUUGAAAAAUUACUUGAUGUGCUCAAUACUCCCUCUGAAGCUGUGCAGAGGGCGGUCUCGUCUUGCCUGUCUCCACUAAUGCCAUCUAAACAGCAAGACGGACCAAUUCUUGUUUCAAGGCUUCUUGGUCAAAUGAUGAAGAGCGACAAGUAUGGUGAACGUCGUGGGGCAGCGUUUGGACUAGCUGGAGUUGUUAAAGGUUUUGGAAUUUCUUGUCUGAAGAAGUAUGGGAUUGUGUCCGCAUUACAUGAAGGCCUUACUGACAGAAAUUCUGCAAAAUGCCGCGAGGGAGCACUGAUUGGAUUUGAGUGUCUCUGCGAGAAGCUCGGAAAACUAUUUGAACCCUAUGUUAUUCAAAUGCUCCCAUUGCUAUUGGUGUCUUUCUCUGAUCAAGUUGCUGCUGUUCGCGAAGCUGCUGAAUGUGCUGCACGUGCAAUGAUGGCGAACCUUACUGCUCAGGGGGUCAAGCUCGUUCUCCCUUCGUUGCUAAAGGGUCUUGAAGAUAAGGCUUGGCGAACUAAACAAAGUAGUGUGCAGCUACUUGGUGCAAUGGCAUAUUGUGCUCCUCAACAGUUGUCACAAUGCCUGCCUAAGAUUGUGCCUAAACUGACAGAGGUGCUGACGGAUACCCAUCCAAAGGUCCAGUAUGCUGGCAAGACUGCGCUUCAGCAGGUUGGAAGUGUUAUAAAGAAUCCCGAAAUUUCCUCAUUGGUUCCUACUCUGCUGAGGGGACUUACUGAUCCCAAUGAUCAUACCAGAGUUGCUCUGGACAUACUUCUCCAAACAACGUUCGUUAACUCAGUUGAUGCUCCUUCACUUGCUCUUCUGGUGCCAAUUGUUCAUAGAGGGUUGAGGGAAAGGAGUGCUGAAACUAAAAAGAAAGCAGCCCAAAUUGUUGGUAAUAUGUGCUCAUUAGUGACUGAGCCUAGAGACAUGAUACCUUAUAUCGGUUUGCUCCUUCCUCAAGUGAAAAAGGUUCUGGUUGAUCCUAUACCUGAAGUUCGGUCUGUCGCUGCUAGGGCACUUGGCUCUCUUUUGAAAGGAAUGGGAGAGGAAAACUUCCCUGACCUUGUUCUAUGGCUCUUGGAGACUCUAAAAUCUGAAGGAAGUAAUGUUGAACGUUCUGGUGCCGCACAGGGAUUGAGUGAGGUUAUGGCUGCGCUUGGAAUUGAGUAUUUUGAGCAUAUUCUUCCUGAUAUCAUAAGAAAUUGCUCUCACCAAAAGGCUUAUGUCCGUGAAGGCUAUUUGACUAUCUUUAAGUAUUUGCCUAGGUCUCUGGGUGUCCAAUUUCAGGACUAUCUGCAACAGGUGUUGCCUGCUAUUCUUGAUGGUCUUGCCGACGAAAAUGAAUCUGUUCGCGAUGCAGCUCUUAGUGCUGGACAUGUUCUGGUCGAGCACUAUGCGACAACGUCUUUACGGCUGCUACUUCCUGCUGUUGAAGAGGGAAUCUUCAAUGACAGUUGGCGUAUUAGGCAAAGCUCUGUCGAACUGUUGGGUGACCUGUUAUUUAAGGUUGCUGGAACUUCUGGGAAAGCAUUGCUUGAGGGAGGUAGCGAUGACGAGGGGGCUAGUACAGAAGCACAAGGGCGUGCUAUUAUUGAGGUUCUUGGUAGAGAGAAACGUAAUGAAGUGCUUGCUGCCUUAUACAUGGUUCGCACUGAUGUCAGUGUGUCAGUGCGUCAGGCUGCUUUACAUGUAUGGAAGACCAUAGUAGCAAAUACUCCCAAGACACUUAAGGAAAUUAUGCCUGUAUUGAUGGAUACCCUGAUAACAUCACUUGCAUUGCCAUCUAAUGAAAGGCGACAGGUUGCAGGAAGGGCAUUGGGUGAGCUUGUUAGGAAGCUUGGUGAAAGGGUGCUUCCUUUGAUAAUACCUAUUCUAUCUGAUGGUCUAAAAGAUCCUGAUUCCGGAAGAAGACAAGGUGUUUGCAUUGGUCUGAGUGAGGUUAUGGCGAGUGCUGGAAAGAGUCAGUUGUUGAGUUUCAUGGAUAAACUUAUCCCUACAAUCCGUACUGCUCUUUGUGAUAGUGAGCCUGAGGUCCGUGAGUCAGCAGGCCAGGCGUUUGGUACUCUCUACAAGAGUGCUGGAAUCCAAGCAAUUGAUGAGAUUGUUCCUACUCUUCUGCAAGCCUUAGAGGAUGAUGAAACUUCCGAGACUGCUUUAGAUGGUCUUAAGCAAAUUUUAAGUGUGAGGACCGCAGCGAUAUUACCUCAUAUCUUGCCGAAGUUGGUUCAGCUUCCCCUCAGUGAACUUAAUGCACAUGCUCUUGGAGCUUUGGCGGAGGUUGCCGGGGCUGGUCUUAAUUUACACCUUAGUACUGUACUUCCUGCCCUGCUAUCAGCAAUGGGUGAUGACAAUGUGGAUGUGCAAGAUUUAGCAAAGAAGGCUGCUGAAACUGUCGUAUUGGUUGUUGAUGAGGAGGGAAUUGACUCUCUAAUAUCCGAGCUUAUCAAAAGUUCUGGUGAUAGUAAGGCAUCAAUUAGGAGAAGCGCUUCAUACCUUAUCGGCCAUCUCUUCGAGAACAGCAAGCUCUUUUUGGAUGAUGAAGCGCCCAGCAUGAUAUCUACCUUGAUUGUUCUCCUUAGUGAUUCUGAUCAUGACACUGUAGUGGCUUCCUGGGAAGCUUUGUCAAGGGUUGUCACUUCAAUUCCUAAAGAAGUACUUCCAAGUCACAUAAAGCUGGUUCGUGAUGCUGUAUCCACCGCUAGAGAUAAGCAGCGAAGAAAAAAGAAAGGAGGACCAGUUCUAGUACCUGGAUUUUGUCUACCAAAAGCCCUGCAACCUGUUCUUCCGAUCUUCCUGCAGGGUUUAGUAAGUGGCUCAGCAGAACUCAGGGAACAGGCGGCCAUAGGUCUUGGUGAAUUGAUUGAUGUAACUAGUGAACAAGCGCUGAAGGCGUUUGUCAUACCCAUAACAGGGCCCCUAAUUCGUAUAAUAGGUGAUCGGUUCCCUUGGCAGGUCAAGAGUGCCAUUUUAUCAACUUUGACCAUCAUAAUUAAGAAGAGUGGCAUCGCCCUGAAACCUUUUCUGCCACAGCUGCAAACAACGUUCAUCAAAUGUCUACAGGACAACACCAGGACUGUUCGUUCAAGUGCUGCAUUGGCACUUGGGAAACUAAGUGCGCUCAGUAGUAGGGUUGAUCCUUUAGUGAGUGAUCUUUUAUCUAGCUUGCAGGCAUCUGAUGGAGGUGUAAGAGAAGCAGUUUUGAUUGCUCUUAGAGGUGUGGUAAAACAUGCGGGAAAGAGUGUAAGCGUUGCUGUUAGAGCUCGUGUCUGUGAUCUGUUAAAAAAUUUUACUGAUCAUGAAGAUGACCAAGUUCGCAUAUCUGCUGCUAGCAUACUGGGGAUUACCUCUGAGUACAUUGAGGACGAGCUGCUGGCAGAGCUACUAAAAGAACUUUUAGAUUCAGCUUUGUCUUCCAGCUGGACUACUAGACAUGGUUCAGUUCUCACCAUCUCAUCCAUGCUCCGGCACUGCCCGUCAGGAGUUUGUCUAUCAUCUUGGUCACCAUCCAUUAUAUCUAUGUUGAAAGAUAAGUUGGAAGAUGAGAAGUUCCCAGUACGUGAAAGUUCGACCAAAGCACUAGGAAGAUAUCUGAUCUAUCAAAUUCAAAGCGAUCCAUUGAAUAGUUCCUUGCAUGCUCAAGUUUUGUCCUCAAUCGUUUCUGCGCUCCAAGAUGACUCCAGUGAAGUUAGACGAAGGGCAUUAUCUGCCCUGAAGGCUGCUGCAAAAGCAAAUCCUCCAGCUAUUAUGGGCCAUGUGUCGAUCUUUGGCCCUGCAUUGGCCGAAUGUCUGAAGGAUGGAAGUACUCCUGUGAAGCUUGCUGCAGAACGAUGUGCUCUGCAUUCAUUCCAAUUAGCUAAAGGACAAGAAAAUGUUCAGGCAGCCCAAAAAUACAUCACUGGUUUGGAUGCAAGGCGACUUGCUAAAUAUUCUGAAGACAGUGAUGGUGAUGGCGAUAGUGAAGAUGACAACACAACUGGCUGAAAUUUUGACCAGGAGGUUGGUGCAUGUACCAAAAUGCUGCCAGAUUUGGGCUGGGAAUUGAUGGAGCUGCGGUAACAGAAUGCUCGUCGUAAAUUAUUUUGCAGCAUUGGCUGUAUAUUGUGAUACCUUUUUGCAAACGCAGAAAUCAACAUAUAUACACAUUUUGGAUAGUGUCUGUAAGAUGGGGGUUCCUUCCGAAACUGUAGAUAGAUUAUGUAAAGAGUAAUUUUUGGUAUCCUGGUGACCCCCAAAACAUUGCUUUAUAUUGUAUUCCUUUUGUCACAUAGAAAUCAAUAGAAGAAAAUAAGCCUUUUUUGAUAUAUACAA